AGGGAGUUUAGAGAGAAUCAAUUCGGAUCCCCACUUCUAAGGGUUACAGCAGUAUUUAUACUAAGGUUCAGGGAACAAAGUGUCGUGCACCCACGUUGAGGCACGUUCUUGGAUGGUGGGAGGCUGCGAAGGUUUCGUCUAUUUCAAAGGGCGAAUCGGUAGGAAAUUUAUUUCUGAUGUCACCCAAAGUAACCGGGGAUGGAAGGAAAAAUUUGUUUUUAUUGAUUUUCCCCCGUUCGUCAUCCCCCUGGCCGGUCUAAAGUGGAACGAUCAUCUCCUCAACCAAGAGUAUGUCGUGUCGGCUUCCUCCCCUGAUCUUGAAGCGAGCCUCGAGAUUCUCCUUCGCGGUGAUCCGUUCACUGGGAGGAAAUUUCACUACGGGAGCUGGGUUUGGAGGAUCGAACCGGGUGGUGAGGGUACCUCCCAAGCCCAUGAAGCAGCGGGGCACGGGGUACCCUCCUUGGGCAACACUGCAGAGGAUGAAGGCCAAACCCACCCAGACAUGGAGUUCGAGGAGUUCGCCAUCCCUGACGAUCAACCAGCGGGAGAAACCAGGGGCUCUCAAACUACCUCUUCCAAAACUUUCCUGGUCAAUCAAGAGACCGUGGAAAUGUUUGACGAGGAUGACCCCCAAGACACCCGGUCGAAGGGGAAGAGCUCUCCCAAGGGCAAGGAGAAAACUGGUCGGCGGACGAAGAAGGUGGCCACUAUGCACCCCUCCUAUGCCAAGAAGAGGGCGAGGUCGGAUUCAGAUACGGCUUCCCAAUCUGUUGAGGAAGCCUUCAUCAACCUCGGCCUGAGGCUGAGGGAGGCUGAAAUCUCCCAGCUGAAGGAGGAGAAUGGCCGGUUGAUGGACGAGGUAUCUGAAGCCAAGAGGGAGAUAGCAGAGAAGGAAGAAAACUUGCCUGGGCGUGCAGCUGCCUGGGUGGAAGAGAACAAAGUCGAUGCUUCCCGGGUGAUGACGACGAUGCCGGAGGCCACCAUGGAGUCCUUCAAACUUCUAUACCAGGAGCCUGAAGGAAGGAAGAUGAUCACCGCCAUUGGAUCUUUUGGAUUCAAGAGCGGUCAAAAGAAGGACCGGAUCGCCUCCCACCGGAUCUUGCUAAAAAGAGAUCCGGACUUCAGUGCUCCCUACUACGGCCUGGCCCCCAACUCCCCCUUUCCCCUUGAGUAAAACUUCCCGGCUGCGCCCGGUAGUCUUGUAAUAUUUAAAACAUCUCCAUUUGCCCGAGUAUGCCCGGUGUGUUUGUAAACAUUUGACAUUCAACUUUUUACUUUCGAAUGCCAUGUUUGAUUUUACACCCGGUCGUCUUUGCUCCUUCGAAUGCUCCUUUGUUUGAUAUUCUGCUAAAGUCCCUU